AUGAUUCAAACAGUUGUGUUCUUGCUCACCCUGGGCUGUGCCUUGGCUGGGCCUGCCUACAUGAAGUAUUUUAAGAUCGAGCCAUCACUGAAUCGUCCUGCACCUGCAUACCCAUCUGACAGUUUGAAGUCCGUCAUUGCUCAAGGAAAAGGUGCUGGUGCCGUGUACAAGCUGUCAUACUCAGACUACCAACAGACAUGGGAGUCAUUCAAAAACAUUCACAACAAACGAUAUGAAACUGAAGAAGAGGAGAAAAAGAGAUACAGCAUUUUUAUGGAAAAUGUCAACCUUAUUGAGUACCAGAACUGGAGGUACCACAAUGGUCACUCCACUUUCUACAUGGAUGUUAACCAUUUCACUGAUCUCACAAAUGAGGAGUACCGUAUGCUGAAUGGAUUUGGUGUGAAUAAAACCCGUACUCGCACCACCCAGUGCAACGAGUACCACCCAAAAACCAAGGAUGUCCCCGAUGCAAUCGACUGGAGACAAAAAGGAUACGUCACAGCUAUUAAAGAUCAGAAACAGUGUGGAUCUUGCUGGUCAUUCAGUACUACUGGCUCAAUUGAAGGGCAGUGGUUCAAACACUCUGGACAAUUGGUUCCCCUGUCUGAGCAGCAGCUGGUUGACUGCUCCGGUACCUAUGGUGAUGAGGGAUGCAAUGGUGGUCUGAUGGAUUACGCUUUUGAAUACGUUAUUGAUAAUGGAGGCUUGGAGUCUGAGGAGGCUUACCCGUAUGAAGCUAAGGAUGAUACCUGCCAGUUCGAUAAAAGCAAAAUUGUAGCUAAAAUCAGCUCCUGCGCUGAUGUUGUUCCACAGCAGAAUGAGAAGGCAUUGAAGGUUGCUGUUGGCAACAUUGGCCCUAUUUCUAUUGCCAUUGAUGCUAGCAGUUCCAUGUUCCAGUCUUACAGUGGAGGUGUGUUUGACAACCCUGACUGCAGUCCAACACAGUUGGAUCAUGGUGUCUUGGCUGUUGGAUAUGGCAGCCAAAAUGGCCAGGAUUACUGGAUUGUUAAAAACAGCUGGGGCGAAUCAUGGGGAGAUAAUGGAUACAUCUUGAUGUCUCGUAACAAGGAUAACCAGUGUGGAAUUGCUUCCUCUGCUAGUUUCCCCACUGUUUAA